AUCAAAAUAAUUUGCCAGCUAUUAAAUUAUUAACAGGUGGAUAUAAAAUGUAUACAGGUCAGGGUUCCAUCACUUGUGGGUUAACCUUGACCAGCGUUGGACUUAAAGAGGGUUAAAACGGUCCAGGAAUUUAUGGAUGAUAUAUAAUAUUUGAGAAAAUUCUUUCUAUUAAUACUAUCAAGGGAAUGGAAGUAUUGGAUUGAUCUCAAUAUGAAAGCUGCUACAAUUAUCGUAACCAUUGUUGCGCUGAAAUCAUGUUUUGCAGUUUCAAAAGUAGAGGAGACUGAACACUAUGUAAGCCGAUUUUUAGCUGACCUGUGGCUUGAAGGCGGUGAUAUGGUUAAGAUUUUUUGGCGGGAUUGUUCUAAAAAGGUUAUCGAUAUCAAAGAUGUCACUGAACGUAAAGAGUAUUAUCCUAAAUUCGUGAGAUGUAUGAAGCUGAAAACACUUAGAGCUAUAGAUAGGACACUUAAUAUGGAUAUAAUACCAAUCGCCGAAGGAGUUAAUUUGGUCAGGUUUGAACUUGUUGAUCGAGCGGGUCAUGUUUUGACAGGGAAUGAGUCUAGCCCAUGGAGUGAUACGGACUUAGAGAAAGAAGACUGGCGAACCUUAGCUAUUCAGAGAAUUGGGAGAGUACUGAGAACUCAUGUUAUCAAAUUCGAAUUUACUGAUGAUAAAUUCCUUGAAAGAGCUGAACAAAGAGGAAGACGCCGCCACCAUAUGCUGACUAUGAUGAUGUUCGGAAUCGUCUCUUUUGGUAUGGUGCUAGUUCCAAUGGGUUUCCAGUUUCUAGCUGUUCUUGGAGGCAAGGCUUUAGUUCUAGCUAAAAUGGCUCUGAUUCUUGCUUCUAUACAGGGUCUGAAAAAGAUUGCUUCAACUCCGCUGAACUACGGAUACUAUCACUACCCAUACGACCACUACGACAGACGAAGUAACGAUGGUCUGCUUACCGCUUUAAAAAAUCUCAGAGCAAGACAAAAUGGUCAAGAUAAGCUGAUAAGUCCCAUUAAUAUCAAACCGAAAUCCCAGCCGAAAGAUAAACAUGAUCGCGAAUUCCCUCAUAGUCUCAAUAUUGCACCUAUAGAUACACCUAUAGUUGAUUUAACAACGCACCCGGGAGAGGUGCAAGCCACAUAUUCACUUGAAUUGCCAUAUAAUGGUUUGAACUUUCAUGCUUCCCCUAAUGUCGUUUCGACUUGAUGUAAUUUAUCAUCUUUUUAACGCUCUAUUGAGUGUCAUUUCCAAUAUAUAUUCAUAUGUUUACUAUAUUAUAUACCCAAAAGAUGUAGUAGUGUAUU